AUGAGGCCCCUGCUCUUCCUCGCGGUCCUUCUCCGGCUCCCAGGAGCCUCAGCUGAGGAUGAUGGAUGCAACCUCGUAGAGGUAUCUGCAGAAGAUGAGGGUGGAGGACAGCCCCUGCAAGUGAACAUCAGUAGUCAAGGUCAGCCCACCAGCCUGGUCCUGAAUUGGGGGGCACCAGUCCCUGCUAGGCUGGGAUAUAUUCUCCAUCUUGCCCGUCUGGGCCUCCCUGGCCCUCUGGAGAAGCUGCAGUUCCAGGCUGGCUCCAAUACCAGUGGCUUCGAGUUCCAAGACUUGGUACCUGGGAGUCAUUACCAGCUGGAGGUGACUGUGCUGCUACCCUGCUCCCAGAAUUCCACCCUCACCCUCAUAGCUCAGACAACCCCUUCACCUGUCCACAGUCUGAGACUCAACAACUCUGGGAGCCCCUCCAGCUUAAAGGCCACAUGGAGUUCUGCUCCUGGAGAGCACAAUGGCUACCAGCUUCUCCUUUACCACCUGGAGACCCAGACAUUGGCAUGGAAUAUCUCAGUGGCUCAGGAAAUUCUCUCCUACCAUUUUGACAGUCUUCUGCCAGGCAGCGAAUAUGCCUUAUGGGUCACUACCUGGGCUGGUGACCUCCAUGCCAAGACCAGCAUUCGCCAAUGGACAACUCCGAUACCCCCAGAACAUUUAGACUUGUUUGCCGUGGGUCCAAGAACCCUUCAGGCCUCUUGGAGAAGGGCUGAGGGGGCAGCUUGGUUCCACUUGAUGCUCUUGGAUCUCUUGGAUGGUACAAUCCUCACAGCUGUGGUCAAGCGGGGCACCACCAACCACACCUUCUAUAGCCUCUCUCCCGGCUGUCCCUACCAGCUAUCACUCAAUGCUACUGCUGGCCUCUUGCAGAUUGGAGGACCCAAUGCCACUGAGUGGACCUAUCCCUCUGCCCCUUUGGACUUGGUGCUGACUCCGUGGCCCCCUGGACUCUCGGCAAGCUGGCAGGCAGGGCCGGGGACCCGGGAUGGCUACCUGCUGCGGCUGAGCGGGCAAGUGGAAAGGAACAGUACCAUGGGACCUGAGGCUCUCAAUGCCACCUUCCCAGGCCCCCUUCCUGCUGGCCACUACACUUUGGAACUCAUAGCCCUAGCCGGACCCCAUGGUGCCUCUGCUCAGACUGAUACCUGGCUGGAGUAUUCCAAGGCCAGCCCCCAGCCUGGUGUUCUCCAGCUAACUGGGCUGGAAGCAUCAAAGGAGUCAGGCCGGAGGGUACUCCUCUAUGUUGAGGGUUCCCCAGAAAUCAUUGCCAAUGUUUCUGUGCUGCCCAGUGCCACCAAUGUCACGUUCCGAGGGCUGGUGCCAGGUGUCCAAUACCGAGUUGAUGUGAUCUUAGCCUCAGGGGUCACCACUCAGAGCCUUGUGGGGCAUACCUGGCCCUGGGCUCCACAGUCACUGGAAGUCACAAGUAGGGGCAGCACCUCCAACCUGGAUGUCCAAUGGGUAUCACCAGAAGGAAGACGGGAUGGGUACAGGGUUUCCUGGCAGGAAGAAGGGACCCAGAAGACCUUGGGCUUCCUCAAUCUGGGCAAGGAACGUACUAAUCUGACUCUUAAGGGCCUCACACCAGGUUCUUGCUUCAUCGUGUCAGCAUGGGCUUGGGCUGGGCACCUUAAUUCUACCACCCAGAAGGCACAUACCUGUACAUUCCCUGCUAGCCCUACCAACCUGAGCCUGGACAGUGAAGGCCAACCUUCUACCCUUACUGCCCAUUGGAGCCCACCUCCUGGGGCCUGGGAUGGUUACCGAUUACGGCUGUAUCACCUGGAACCCUUGAAAUUGAAGGGAGAAGCAGUACUCACUUCCGAAAUUCAGAGCUUUUCCUGGUCCCAGCUACCAUCAGGCAUGGAGUUCAUGGUCCAGCUGGUGGCCCUUCGAGGGGUAAAUGAGAGCGACACUAUAAAUGCCACAGCCUGGACAUAUCCCUUGACUCCAACCAUGGUCAAUGUGACCAGUAAGGACCCAACCAGGCUCUGUGUAUCCUGGGGCCAGGCAUUCGGGAGCCAGGAUGGCUACCAAGUCACCCUUCUCCAGGAAGGCGCUCCAGUGGGCACCAGUGCUGUAGGACCCGAGGUGAACAAUAUAAGUUUCUCCAAUUUGACUCCAGGCACCAAGUACUGGGUGGAGAUUGUCUCUUUAGCUGGGCCCCACCAUUCUGCGGCAGCCAACGUCACCAGCUGGACCUCCCCUCUGGUGCCCAAGGAGUUGUCAGUGACAAUGCAAGCGGACAAUGCCAUGGUGACUUUGACUUGGGAUGCUGCCCCAAAGGGCCAGGGGAAAUGCCAGGCUCAACUCUUUGAGUCUGGGCACGUACUACAAAAGCAACAUGUGUCCUUGGGCCAAGCCCGCCUCAUCCUAAGGGACCUGAUUCCUGGACAUACUUUCUCCCUCACUGUGCUGUGUCAAGCUGGACCUCUCAAAGCUUCUACCAGCCCCAUAGUGCUGCUCAUCGAGCCCAGGCCAGUAGAAGAUGUACAGUGUCAACCUGAAGCCACCCACCUGGCACUGAACUGGACAGUACCUGGAGGAGAAGUGAGCACCUGUCUAGUGGUGGCAGAGCAGCUGGUGAUUGGAGGGAAAACACAACCUGUCUUCAGUGCCAACACUACCCAGAAUGCCAUCCUGCUCUCUGGCUUGAUACCAGCCACUUCCUACCGCCUUAGCCUCACCUUACUGGGGAAAAAUGGGCUGUGGAGUCAAAUGGUCACUUUGCUAUGUACCACCUCUCCAGAAGCCUGGCACCCCCCAGAGUUGGCAGCUGCCCCUCGUUUAGAGCCUGAGGCAGGGGCUGGGGUGGUGAUUACUCGUGACAUGUUUGGUGAGGACAAUGGGCAGAUCCAAUGGUAUGGUGUUAUUGCUACCACUAAUGCCUCAGUGGUACAGCCAUCCCAGGAAGCCAUUUCUCACACCUGGUAUGACCACUACUACAGAGGACUUGACUCCUACUUGGCUGUCUUGCUGCCUUCCCCCUUCCGCCCAGGGCCAUGGGCAAUGCCCCGAUCUUGGACGGUGUCCGUGGGCACUGAGGAUUGUGGCCAGACCCAGCAGACCUGUAACGGGAAGCUCAAGCCAGAUGCCCAGUACCGGUUCAGCAUUGCAGCCUUUACCAGCUCUGACCCGGUCAACCCUACUGUCUCCUUUACAGCCUUCUCAGAGCCUCGUGCCAGUGUCUCGGGGGCAUCGGUGCCACUCCUGGUGGCGUCUGGCAUCGUAUCAGGUUGUCUCUUUACCCUGUGUGCUGUGCUAGGCCUGCUGUGCUGGAGACGCGUGUGGGCUGAAAGGGCAGAAAAGAAUCACUUUUCCCAAGAGAUGACACCCUACAGCUUGAGGAACAUUCGCCGACCAAUUCUUAUUCAGAACUUCCAACAGAGCUACGAGGCCAAGAAAGCCAAUGCUCAUCAUGCUUUCUUCCAGGAGUUUGAGGAGCUAAAAGAAGUUGGCAAGGAGCAGCCCAAACUGGAGGCAGAGCACCCUGCUAAUGCCAUCAAGAAUCGCUACCCACAUGUGCUGCCCUAUGAUCAUUCUCGAGUUCGACUGAGUCAGAUGGACAGUGAGCCGCAUUCUGAUUACAUCAAUGCCAACUUCAUCCCGGGCUAUACCCGACCACAAGAGUUCAUUGCCACACAAGGGCCACUGAAGAAGACGCUGGAAGACUUCUGGCGGCUGGUGUGGGAGCAGAAGGUCCACACCAUUGUCAUGCUGACGGUGGGCAUGGAGAAUGGGCGGGUGCUGUGUGAGCAUUACUGGCCGUUAGAUUCUGCCCCUGUCACUCAUGGCCAGAUUACCAUCCAUCUCCUGGCAGAGGAGACAGGCGAAGACUGGACAAGCAGGGAAUUCCAGGUGCAACACGGCCCUCAGCAGCAGGAGCGCUGGAUCCAGCAGCUGCAGUUCACAGCCUGGCCAGACCACGGGGUUCCCGAGGCCCCCAGCUCCUUGGUAGCCUUCGCAGAAUUGGUCCAGGAGCGAGUGCAGGCUUCCCAGGGCACGGCUCCCACCUUGGUGCACUGCAGUGCCGGCGUGGGCCGGACCGGCACCUUUGUGGCCCUGGCUCGGCUCCUUCAGCAGCUUCAAGAGGAACAGGUGGUCGACGUGUUCAACACGGUGUAUGCCCUGCGGAUGCACCGGCCUCUCAUGAUCCAGACCCCGGCCCAGUACAUCUUCCUGCACAGCUGUCUACUGGACAAAAUCCUGGAGGAGCCAGCUGGAUCUCCUGUCUCCCGGCCUAUCCCCGUGAAGAACUUCUCCCAGCAGCAUGCUAAGAGGUCGGCCCACUUCAACGCUGGCUUCCUGAGGGAAUAUGAACUCCUUCUGGAGGCCAUCAAAGACCAGGAAAGUUCUGCCCGACACCAGCUGGGCAGUGCCAUCUCCCAGCUCCUGCCCUAUGAACGAUGGAGAGUGAAAUUUUCCCCUCUAGAGCAGAGUCCUGUUGACUCUGUCCAGGCCUGGCUCUUUCCAGGGGGCCCUUCUGGCCAAGACCAAGUAGCACUGGCAGGUCCUGUAAAGGCUGAAGAGUUCUGGCAGUUGGUGUGGGAGCAUGGUGCUCAUGUUCUAGUCUCCUUGUGCCCAUUGGUGGCACUAUACAUGCAGGAAUGGUGGCCAUCGUUGGAGCAGCCCAUCUACACUGAAGCACUGACUGUCCACUGGGUGGCAGAGAGUGAUGUGGCAGGGUGGUCUUGUCUUCAUCUGAGUGUCAAACAUGAGAAGAAAGGAAAGGAACUCCAAGUACAGCAACUGCGGUUCCCAUGCUGGGAAUGUGGGCAGGAGCCCCCAGGCCAGACCCUAUUGCCCUUCCUGGCAACCGUGGACCAGUGCUGCUCCCAGGUCAAGAGCAAAAAGCCGGCCACAGUGCUCUUCUACUCCAGCUCAGAAAUGGUCCAGUUGGGGAUUUUCUUGGCCCUGGAGCGACUGCUACAGCAGGCAGAGUCCCAGCACUCGGUGGACAUCUUUGGUGUGGUCCUGCAGUUGGCACGGGCCUGUGGCUCCAUGACACCAACGCUGGAUCAGUACAUUUACCUCUAUGGCUGUGUGGGCAGUGCCCUGGCCCAUGGGCAAACCUAA